AUGGACAGUCCUCGUCGAUCAGACGCAAGCUCCCCUGCGGAGCCCUGCUCUCCCGUAUGCGUGGACACGCCGGCAACGCAGUCGUCUGUCCUGUUUGACGGCAACCUCGACGAUUUACUGCAGGAUUUCCCCCUGCGGCAGUACAUCCUUGUCACUGGUGGGCUCGGUUUUAUCGGAAGUCACACAACACUAGAGCUGCUCAAGGCUAGCUAUAACGUGAUUGUGAUCGACAACCUCAGCAACUCUUUCCAAAGCGUCUUCGACCGCAUCCAGCACUUGGCACAAAAGCAUCACGACCAGCAGGGCACUAAGAUGCCAGCCCUGCAUCUUGCUGCGCACGACUAUCGCGACACUGCCGCACUCAGGGAGCUUCUCGACCAGUACCAAGUCGAAUCAAGAUGGGGCUCUCCCAGAUCCAAGAUUUCCGGUGUAAUCCACUUUGCUGCUUAUAAAGCAGUCGAAGAGAGCAUCAGAAACCCGCUGAAGUACUAUGCAAACAACGUUAGCGGUCUCAUCGACUUUGCCACGACUUUGGGAGAGUACGGCAUCAAAACCUUCAUCUUCUCUUCAUCAGCAACAGUUUACGGCACCUUGGCCACGUCCGGCCUUCCGCUUAAGGAAGAGCUGUGCGCGCACAAGGACGAGAUCUUCCACGGCGCCGACGGAGUUGGUCAAACCAUUAGAGCCGGCUCUACCGGAAUCACUAACCCAUAUGGACGCACAAAAUGGAUGUGCGAGGCCAUAUUGGCCGACUUGGCUGCUUCGGAUCCGGAGUGGACGAUUGUAGCACUCCGAUAUUUCAACCCAAUUGGCUGCGACGAAUCAGGCUUACUCGGAGAGGAUCCCAAGCAGACUCCCACAAACCUAUUGCCGGUGGUGGUCAAGGUUAUGACAGGAGAGUACAAGGAACUCUCCAUGUUUGGCACUGACUGGGAGACCGAAGACGGAACCGCCGUCCGCGACUUCAUCCACGUUACCGACUUGGCUCGGGGGCAUAUCGCAGCCCUCGAUGUUGCCAACGAAAGAAAAUUGGUCGAGAACUUUCGCGCUUUCAACUUGGGCACCGGACGCGGACACUCGGUCAAAGAGGUCGUCGACGCCAUGGAAAGCGUAUCUUCCAAGCGAAUCCCUGUUAAAGCAGCUCCCCGACGCCCAGGAGAUGUUGGGGCCUGUGUUGCCGUUGCCGAUAGGUCGGAGCAGGAGCUCCGAUGGAAGACUGAAAAGUCACUGACAGAUGCUUGUGGCAGUCUGUGUAAGUUUUUGGAAGUCAGUGGUGUGCCUCUUUGA